AUGGUCUACUCUGAUUCGAGUAUGGAUUCCUUGGCGGCGGAUGAGGAAGAAGAGGGACACAAUGUUAGACAUAUGUACGUGUCUCGACUGGAUUCGGAACCAGAGUGGGAUGUGGACAGCUACGACGGUCGCGAGUACGAAUCAGAUCCUGAGGUUCGCGAGUUGUUCUCUGACGACGAAGAGUAUCAGGAAUACAGUCGUAGCAAGCGCGAGGCUUUCGAGAGUAAGGGUUUUGUUUGUGAUCCUCUGAGCAGAAACUACCCAAUUAAAGAUGAACAUAUGGAAAUACUGGUGGUGUCUGAGAAUGUGACUGUCCGGCAAUUGAUGACAGAUCUUGCUAACUUGUGUGUUAAGAAAUUCAACGAGGAGAAGGGGAAGACAGUGGAAUUGGUAGAGAUCGUAAGAGUGAUUGUAACCGGAGGAGGUACAAGGAAAGCUUAUAUAACGUUUAUGGCCCGGGAGUCUCUUAACGGACCUCUCGUAGAGUACCAAGCCAAAGUGGUGACAUAUGCUGGGAACUGGAAACCUCCCUUUCCCAUCUUUUGCAGACCAACUCCUAAACCCUCUAUCUAG